AUGCUUUUUAAAAAAACUAUAAAACCAAAUAAAUUAUUAUCAGUAAAAUCUGUGUAACUUCAAUAUAAAAAAGAAAGAGAAGUGAAAUCUAACCAUCCAAACACUGCAAGAAUUAAUUAAAUUAAUAAAAAAGGAAUUUGUAGAACGCAAAUAAUUAAAAGAAGAAAAAAAAAGAAUAUUAUGCAUAAAAUAAGAGAUAUUGAAUAGUAAUUAGAUCAAUCGGACCGGAAGAUUAACUAAAUGCUUCUGUAAGCCCUAAUAGACGAAAAACAAUUUUUAUAGCAUAUAGUCUUUUUUGAAUUAUGA